AUGUUGGUGACUCAAUUCAGUUGGAUCUUUUUGUUUGGUAUACAGCAAGAAGAUGCUGUUCUACGGUCAUUUAGUGAGCUUAAUCAUAGUCGAAUGUACACAAACAACAUUCGACAGUAUCAGAAAGAUACACUCAUGUUUGACAAUAACUCCAUCAUGGACAUCAAAGGAACACCAAACUAUCCAAUGCCUCCCCAAACUUCUUAUUCCGCUACACCCACGCCUGAACAUGUUGCGAUUCCCAUGUAUUUGAAUAGGUCUUCUCUUCAAGACACUCAGCAACCAAGCACAAUCAUCUUGUCACCUCAUCUGGAGUAUCUUAUACCUGUUACUGCUAUUCAUAACUAUCAUGCAAACAAAGAAGAUCCAAACGAAUUAUCGUUCACAAAAGGCGAAGUCUUGUAUGUUCAGGAAAAGAAAGGGAGUUGGUGGCAGGCCAAAAAAGCAAAUGGUACAAUAGGUAUGAUACCUAGUAAUUACGUGACGGACCACAAGCCCAUAUAA